AUGUCCAUAGAAAUUGAAUCCGCCGAUGUGAUUCGGCUCAUCCAGCAAUAUCUCAAGGAGUCCAAUCUUAUGAAGACCCUGCAAACGUUACAGGAAGAAACUGGUGUUUCCCUAAACACAGUGGACAGCGUGGAUGGUUUUGUGCAGGACAUCUCCAAUGGCCACUGGGACACCGUGUUGAAAGUGACCCAGUCCCUGAAGCUACCGGACAAGAAGCUGCUCAAUCUCUACGAGCAGAUAGUACUGGAGCUGAUUGAGCUGCGGGAACUGGGUGCCGCCCGAUCUCUGCUCCGCCAAACGGAUCCCAUGAGCAUGUUGAAGCAGCAGGAACCGGAGCGAUACAUUCACUUGGAAAACAUGCUGCAGCGCGCCUAUUUCGACCCCAGAGAAGCCUAUGCGGAGGGCAGCAGCAAGGAGAAGCGGCGCACGGCCAUUGCCCAGGAGCUGAGUGGCGAGGUGCAUGUGGUGCCCUCCUCCAGGCUGCUGGCGCUUCUGGGACAGGCUUUGAAAUGGCAACAACACCAGGGACUCCUUCCGCCCGGCACCACCAUCGAUUUGUUCCGCGGCAAGGCGGCGAUGAAGGAUCAGGAGGAGGAGAUGUAUCCCACCCAGCUGUUCAGACAAAUCAAAUUCGGCCAAAAGUCCCAUGUCGAAUGCGCCCAGUUCUCGCCGGAUGGUCAGUACCUGAUCACAGGCAGUGUGGACGGCUUCCUUGAGGUGUGGAACUUCACCACCGGCAAGGUGAGAAAGGAUCUGAAGUACCAGGCGCAGGACCAGUUCAUGAUGAUGGAGCAGGCGGUGCUGGCGCUGAGCUUCUCCCGCGACUCCGAGAUGGUGGCCUCCGGCGCCCAAGAUGGACAGAUCAAGGUGUGGCGCAUCAUCACCGGUCAGUGCUUAAGGAAGUUCGAGAAGGCUCACACCAAGGGCAUCACCUGCUUGCAGUUCUCGCGAGAUAACAGCCAGGUUUUGAGUGCUUCCUUCGAUUACACGGUGCGACUGCAUGGCCUGAAGUCUGGAAAGAUGCUGAAGGAGUUCAAGGGCCACUCUUCCUUCGUAAACGAAGCCACAUUCACGCCCGACGGCCACAGCGUGCUAAGCGCCUCUUCCGACGGCACCGUGAAGGUCUGGUCCCUCAAAACCACCGAGUGUGUUGCCACAUAUAAGCCUCUUGGCAACGAGUUGGCCGUCAACACAGUCCUCAUCCUGCCCAAGAAUCCCGAGCACUUCAUUGUCUGCAACCGGUCCAAUACGGUGGUCAUUAUGAACAUGCAGGGCCAGAUUGUGCGAUCGUUCUCGUCGGGUAAGCGAGAGGGUGGAGCCUUCAUCUCAGCCACUCUUUCGCCGCGCGGCGAGUUCAUCUACUGCGCUGGCGAGGAUCAGGUGCUGUACUGUUUCUCCGUAUCCUCCGGCAAACUGGAACGUACUUUGAACGUUCAUGAAAAGGACGUCAUCGGCCUGACCCAUCACCCGCAUCAGAAUCUUUUGGCCAGCUACAGCGAGGACGGACUGCUGAAGCUUUGGAAGCCCUAGAUCAUAUAAGCAAUUGACUUUCACACCUAGUUUUAGUUGGUAGUCCUAUUUGAGCUACCGAAAUAUACCUACUGACCCCAAA